AGGAACCCUACAAUGUCCCUGUCCUGUGGAAUGUCUUUCAGGAGGAAAUCUUUUUGGUGCUGUAGGCUGCUGUCAACCUAUGUCACUAAAACACGGUAUUUAUUUGAAUUGAAGGAAGAUGAUGAGGCCUGCAGGAAAGCUCAGCAGACAGGAGUGUUUUACCUCUUUCAUGACCUGGAUCCUUUGCUACAGGCAUCAGCGUCAGGACGUCGAUACCUGGUCCCCCGGCUUAGCCGAGCAGAGUUGGAAGGGCUGCUGGGUAAGUUUGGACAGGGUGCACAAAAACUAGAAGACUCGGUGCUGAUUGGAUGCUCCGGCCCGCAGGAAGCGUGGUUUGCUUUGGAUCUAGGGCUGAACGGCCCCUCCUCCACCCACGCCCCCUUGCCAAAAUCUGAAAUGGAGGCAGAACUCGGAGGUUCUUUCAUCAAGCUGAGGCAGGCUGUUUUUCAGCUGAACUCGAUGGAUUCCUCCUUGCUGUUCACGGCUCAGGCCCUGCUCCGCUGGCACAGUGGUCAUCAGUUCUGCAGCAGAAGUGGGCAGCCCACUAAGAAGAACCUGGCAGGCAGCAAGCGAGUGUGCCCUUCCAACAAGAACAUCUACUAUCCACAGAUGGCCCCGGUGGUGAUCACGCUGGUGUCAGAUGGGGCCCGGUGCCUGCUUGCCCGCCAGAGCUCCUUUCCCAAGGGAUUAUAUUCCGCCCUGGCAGGUUUCUGUGAUAUAGGUGAAAACGUGGAGGAGGCUGUCCAGCGAGAAGUUGCAGAAGAGGUGGGCCUGGAAGUGGAAAACAUACAGUUCUUUGCGUCCCAGCAUUGGCCCUUUCCCAAUAGCUCACUCAUGAUUGCUUGUCAUGCGACGGUGAAACCAGGCCAGACAGAGAUCCAUGUGAACGUGAAAGAACUAGAGGCAGCUGCCUGGUUCAGUCUUGACGAAGUGGCUACAGCCCUGAGGAGAAAGGGCUCCUUUACUCAGCAGCAGAGUGAGGCUUCCCCACUGUUGCUGCCCCCCAAGUUAGCUAUCGCCCACCACAUGAUUAAGAAGUGGGUGGAAGAACAGAGCUGCACUUCUCUGGCUGUUUAGUCCAUGUGAAAGAAAGGUAACAAAGCCAGCUCCAGGACAGCCUCCCAAGGCAGAGGUGCUCUGAGGAGUUCCUCCUGCCAAAGAGGUUCCUACUAAUGGACAACCAAAAAUGUCACUAUAAGCUGGACAAAGCAGCUUGGACCUGUGCUUAACCCAGCUACUAUGGAGGCUGAGGCAAGAGCAUCACUUUUGCCCAGGACAACCUGGAUGACACAUCAAGACUCCGUCUCUCUCUCUCUCUCUCUUUUUUUUUUUUUUU